CAGUUUGAGGAUGGGUGUAACCAACAUGGUGCUGAAGUGCAAGAGCUGAUAGGCCCGAUUCACUGCGGAAACACAUGACGUUCAGAUCAAAUUUCAAGCUAGUUUGGUUGCAGUCAUUGCCACUGAGAGGAAAAAUGGCGCAGAAAGGAAUUCAACUGGACCAGGCAACCUUCUCUUGUUCGAUCUGUCUGGAUCUACUGAAGGAUCCAGUCACUCUUCCCUGUGGACACAGCUACUGCAUGAACUGCAUUAAAGACUUCUGGGAUGAAGAGGAUGACAAGAAACUCCACAGCUGUCCUCAGUGUAGGCAGACCUUCACACCGAGGCCCGUCCUGAUGAAAAACACCAUGUUAGCAGUUUUAGUGGAGGAACUGAAGAAAACUGAACUCCAAGCUGCUGCUGCUGCUUAUCUCUGCUAUGCUGGACCUGAAGAUGUGGCCUGUGAUGUCUGCACCGGGAGAAAACUGAAAGCCUUCAAGUCCUGUCUGGUCUGCCUGGUCUCUUUCUGUGAGAAACACCUCCAGCCUCAUUAUGAUGUGGCUCAGUUAAAGAAGCACAAGCUGACGAAGCCCUCCGUGAAUCUCCAGGAGAACAUCUGCUCUCGCCACGAUGAGGUGAUGAAGAUGUUCUGCCGUACUGAUCAGCAGUGUAUCUGUUAUCUCUGCCCUGUAGAUGAACAUAAAAGCCACGACACGGUGUCAGCUGCAGCAGAAAGGACUGAGAGGCAGAGAGAGCUUGAGGUGAGUCGACAAAGCAUCCAGCAGACAAUCCGGGACAGACAGAAAGAUGUGAAGGUGCUUCAACAGGAGGUGGAGGUCAUCAGUCGCUCUGCUGAUAAAGCAGUGGAGGACAGUGAGAAGAUCUUCACUGGGCUGAUCCGUCUCAUGGAGUACAAAAGCUCUGAGGUGAAGCAGCAGGUCCGAUCCCAACAGCAAACCGAAGUGAGUCGGGUCAAAGAGCUUCAGGAGAAGCUGGAGCAGGAGAUCGCUGAGCUGAAGAGGAAAGACGCUGAGCUGAAGAAGCUCUCGCGCACAGAGGAUCACAACCAGUUUCUACGCAGCUACCCCUGUUUGUCACAACUCAGUGAGCCUACACACUCACCCAGCAUCAACAUCCGUCCUCUGAGGCACUUUGAGGACUUUGUGACAGCUGCUGUGUCAGAGCUCAGAGACAAACUACAGGACAUUCUGAGUGAGACGGGGACAAACAUCUCAGGCAAAGUGACUGAAGUGGAUGUUUUACUGCCACAACCAGAGCCCAAGACCAGAGCAGAGUUCUUAAAAUAUUCACGUGAAAUCACACUGGAUCCAAACACAGCAAACACACAGCUGUUACUAUCUGAGGGGAACAGAAUAGCAACAGCAGUGAGAGAACAGCAGCCUUAUCCCCAUCACUCAGACAGGUUCACUGAGUGUUGUCAGGUCCUGAGUAGAGAGGCUCUGACUGGACGUUGUUACUGGGAAGUGAAGUGGAGAGGGGAAGCAGUUUAUCUAGCGGUUGCAUACAAGAAUAUUAGCAGAGCAGGGAGCUGGAAUGAAUGUGGAUUUGGAUACAAUGACAAAUCUUGGGUGUUUUAUUGUGACAAAAAAAGUUACACCUUUUUGUACAAUUCAAUGCAAACUCGCACCUCGGGUCCUCAGUCCUGCAGAGUCGGAGUGUACCUGGAUCACAGUGCAGGUAUUCUGUCCUUCUACAGCAUCACCGGAUCCAUGACUCUCCUCCACAGAGUCCAGACCACAUUCACUCAGCCUCUAUAUGCUGGAUUUUGGUUUUGUUGCUCCUCUGGAAACAAAGUUGAGAUUUGCAAGUUCAAAUAGUCAGACCUCAUUGAGGGGAUAGUGGAUUUAAUUCUGUGUUUUAAUUCUUAAACCUAUUUUGUCUUCAUGUUUGUUGCUGAGAGCUGAUUGUUGGGGCAUUUCUUCACUGCAACAGAGAUCAGCUGCCAUUCAAAAAUUAUGACAUGUGACGUCAAUGUGAGCGUGUGAAUUUUCUUCCAUGACCAUGUAGUAAGGUAUUAUAAAAGUGUAACUGUCAAGAUCACAAACAGUGAGGAGACCAUUGAUUAUAUUCUUCUUCAUAGCUGAGAUUCUGCUCAAACAACCAAACUGAGGGUGCGGAUGACGUAAAUGUGGGCUUGAAAUCACUGAAAAAGUCUUUUCAUACAAAGCUGAAGGAAAAAUGUGAAAGUCAUAUGAGAACAUAACUGAGGGCGUUUUCCUCCUGAGGUGUACAUGUUUAGACCAGCAUUUGUCUAAACAAAGAGAAAUGAUAGAAAGUGGAAAUAAAAUGUUCAAAAUGA